CGUACGGUGGCCGAACCGAAAAGGAAGGGGACAGCGAACCAAGAGGCCAAAGGUUGCUUGCUAACUCUCAGCCACUUGUUAGAAGGAAGUGCAGCUUUAUUGUCGGGGGGAAUCAACAGGAAGGAAAAAAGAAGGUAGAUUUUUCUAUUCUAUUUCCUCCUUUGAUAAGGAUUGGCUUUAAGUGAUAGAGGAUGUGAUUGGAAUUAAUUUUUUAUUUGGGUAAUUUUAUUGUGUCAACAUACUUGUGUGCGUUUACUUUUGAUUAUGGCCUAUGCAGUUGAUGACUUUAUUUUUCUGUAGAACAACUUGUGUUGAUGGAUUGGUUAGUGGCUUUAAGAAUUAAGGCUCAUUCUAAACGUAGUUUGGGUUCUAUAGAUGAAUAUUAGUUCGUUUAAUAUUUUCUUAUGGGUAAUUGUUGUGCUGUUUGAACAGAGCUUGGGUUUGAUGGUGAAGUUGAGCAAUCUUUGGGUUUGAAUUGAUUGGUUUAACUUCGACAUAUAUAUAGAUUACAAAUAACUUCUCAGAGUAAAACCAACUUGAUGAAUUCAUGCGUGAUGUUUUGAAAGCUCUGAAUUGGUUAUAUGGGCUUAUUAUCUAUAUUGUUGAAUUGUUUCUUCAAUUUGAUCAGAUAUGAAUUCCCUAUACAAUUCAUAUGCAUCGUUGCUCAUGAGUGAUGAAUUAGACGAUGAUCAUCAUAUUGAUCAAUUGGAUUCACAAAUUCCAUCCGAGGUUGUGCCUUCAACAAGAACUAGUCGAAGAAGUCAAAAUUUCUCAAUUGACGAUGAUAAACUCCUUGUGUCCGCUUGGCUAAAUACCAGCAAAGAUUCAAUUCAAGGGAAUGCUCAAAAUUCUAACAGAUAUUGGCAAAGAAUUAAUGAAUUUUUCAACACCCAUGGAGGCCCCCGCACCCAAGCAUCGCUAAAACAAAGGUGGAUUGACAUUAACAAGAAGUGUCAAAAAUUUUCUGGAUAUUUAAGCCAAAUUGAAGGAAGACACCCUAGCGGACAAACCGAACAAGGAAUGCUUGAUAAUGCAAAAUCCAUGUACGCUAAAUUAGAGCGUAAACCAUUUAUGCUUGAACAUUGUUGAAUUUUAUUGAAGGAAGAAGUCAAAUGGCAAGAAACUCUCUCAAACAAGAGGCAUAAGACUUCUAGUGUCUCCCUACAUGACACUCACGAGUCAUCGAUUGGCGGAGAUGAUGAUGAACGUUCAAUUAAUCAAGAUAGACCAUUAGGCACAAAGGCCGCAAAAAAACUUGCUACAAGUGGAUCAAAGUCCUCCAUUUCGGAUGAGAUCUUGAAAGAGAAAAUUGAUGUCGAACGCGCAAAAUUUGAACAACGUGACAGAGCUCUACUUGAACAACAACGAAAUAGAGAGCUAAAAGAAAGGGAGAUGGAGAGGAAUUGGGAAAUUGAAGUUAUGUCUAAAGACCUUAAAGGCAUGGAUCCCAUGGUGGCUGAGUAUUGGAAGAAUGCUAGGAUUGAGAUAAUGGAAAAAAAGGGUUAUGUUUGAGCUUUUUAAUUGUACUAAUGUCUUUAUGUUUUAGACUAUGUAUUAUUGAGCUUUAUGUAUAAUUGAGGUUCUGAUCAUGAUUGAGGCAUAUGUAUUAUUGGACAAUCUUUUAUUUGCUUUUGUCAGGUAUGAACAAUAUUUGAUUAA